AUGGAUAGAUUUUGUUCUGCUGCAACCGGUUGGAAUACGAGUCUAACAAGCUCAGAUGUAAAGCGCCGAUUGCCGGUUGAAGGUACAUUAUGGCGAGACGAGUACGAUGGAAAGACACCCUACUUUAAUAUUUCACAAAAUUCACUAAAUCCAGUAGACGAUAUGAAUGCAUUGGGUGGUUAUGCAUAUCUAGUUGAGGCUACAGAAUUCUUGGAUCGAAUAGUUAACUUUCUACGACGAGAGUCUGUGGAUUUUUCAUCCAGUGACGAUGGGUUUAGUCGGUGGUUCAAUGUAUUUCAAGAACUUGAUAGCAUGCUAGUGAGAUGGAAAGCUUCACUUCCAGAAAAGUGGCAAGUGUCUCGUGUUCAUUCAAAUGGGUGGAUGGAUCAGAAUUUGACUCUUGCUCAUGUCACUCAUAACGCCAGUGUCAUUUUGUUACAUCAGAACCUGGCAUAUGCUACACCUGAUGAACGCAUCCAGAUACUAAGCUCAAUUGCAUCUGAGACUUGUCUAACUGCAGCUUCAGAGAUUGCUACAAUUGCUAAAAAGUUCUUGUACUACACAGAAAACAUCGUCGCACCUCAAUUUUGUUUAUGUAUAUUUAUUGCUGCCAGAGCACUACUUGCGCACUCUGAAUUUUUCGACAGUCCACUCAAGGGCGAAUUUGACAGUUUGUUGUCAGCUCUCAAAGAAGGAUCUAAAAGAUGGCCAACGGACCAGACAUCACAGGACAAUUUGGCCAAACAGUUUAUGGAUCGUCUUGAAGCUGCUCGCGAUUCACAUACAGCACUUAACGUGCGUUCAGCAGCCUUUGAAGACGAGGCAAAACUUUCGUUCUCUUUCCCACAAUUCCCAGAUAUUAAUGGAAUCCUCUCACUCAGUAACUCUCUUGAACCCACUCAGUAUCUUCAAGAAUUGGAUCGUAUUGUACUAUGGGACGACGGAGUAGCAGAACUGGAGUAG